CUGUCAACGGCUAAGAGGAAGACGACGACGGCAGCUUCGGUUGAGAAGACGAAGAAUAAUGCGAUCUCGAUUCCUUAACGUCGACUACUUCGCUUCCCGAUCCUCUAUCGGAACCCUAAAUCGCUUCCAAUUCCUCCCCCUUCCCGUUCCGCUUCCUCCUCCCGAUCCAUGCCCUUCCGAUCCUUCCUUCGAUCUCGGCAUCUCCUUAGACGGUAUACGUAUCGACCGCGGGAUCACGUUGGAUGUAGAUCCGUUCCCGAUCGAGGAUGCUCUCUCUCAGUUCCUAUCGGAUAUCAUACCUAAGACACUUCCAGCAGCUGAGGAUGGCGGUUCCCUUCGUAUCAGCCCAAGGAAGAAAAGGUUUCGUUCUGUACCAGGAGUAUUCGAAGACAAUAAGGUGUCGGAAGGAUCUGGAGCGCCUGAUGUUGUUUCGGAAAUUGUGGCUCUUCUACUCCACGAAGAGAGGGAUCUGAAUGGGGAUUUAAAUUUGAGGCAUAAUGAGCUUCCGGCUGAGGAUUCCGAGAGGAUUGAACUGCGUCAGGGGAUUGAACUGCACAAGGAAUUCUUAUUUGAGAUAGUCGAAAUAGAUCUACCCUUGGGAGAAACCAUGGGCUCUGAACCAGAGCCAUCUGGAAUUCACUUUGAGAUUCCAGGCAUCACUAUUUCUAUGGAUAGAGUCAAUAUUGACAUUGAAGUUAAGGUCAUCUAUCCCCACAAGAUUGCUAAAUCAAUUUAUUUAGUGGAUGAACUUGAUGCCAUAUUCGAUGAACAUGAGUCUUCUCUAAGAACUAGGAAUUUUAGUACAGUGGAACCCAAGUUGAUAUUACCACAGUUUGAAGUGAAGAACUUUUUGGAAUCUGAUGCUGGUAUUUCCAGUGCAGAAGCUUUUGGCUGUCUGCUUUCAGUUAUUGGACCUUGUAUCGGGUCCCAAGAUGACAAACUAGUGGUUAGUGCCAAUGAGUUCUUGGAAUCUAAUAGUGUAGAUAUAAUGGGAGAUGUUUCAGGAGAAUGCUUAAUGGACUACAGUCAUCAAGAUAAACCUAUGUGUCUCAACUCCAUUCUAGAGAUGGAUAUGAUAAAUAUUGGUGAUGUUAUGCUCCUUGAAAAUGGUCCAAUACUAUAUGCAGUUCCUGCUGAUGGACACUAUUCCCACUUGCCGUGUUCUAUACAUUUACAGGAAAUUCAAAAUUUUGAUUUUCAUUCAGAUGAUGUCUUGCAAAGUUAUGUAAGUUCACAACUGGGUAAGACUCUGGAGAUGACUGAUCUAAUGGUGGUAGAUGAUAUUAAUCACACUGAUGGGUUAUAUCAAUCUUUUGUCAGCACUGAGCUGGCGCUAGUGGAUGAUACGUUUAAAUCACUUCCGACUCCAAUCCUUUCUGAUGAUAAGACAAUGAAAUCAAAGAGCAUGAUUGUCGAAGAGUUACUUCAUACCCUGGAACCUCAUUCUCUGUCUGCUUGUGAUGGAAUAUAUUUAGAUUGGCAUCUUGUGCUGGAAGGAACAUGUAGUAAUGAUGUUUGCCUUUCCUACAUAAAUAUGCUGUACAACGUGAAUACUUGCGAAACAAGUUCUGAUGUUCACAUUGACCGUUCAGAGAUUGCAUCUGAUAUUGAAUUCUUCGAGGACUUCCAUGAAAGUGGGGACACACUACAGUCUAAGGAAUUGCCCACAAAAGAUCAAUAUUGUGUCCAGCAUGUUACUCAACUGCCUUUCCAGAAUGAAACCACUCAACUAACAAAUCAAGGAUCUCUAAAUGACAAAACUCCAGAAUGGAAACAUAACAUUAUUUCAGAUAACUCUUCUGUCUUAUUUGAGUCGAUGACUCAAUCCAAUGAUCUCAACUUUUUCUUGGAUGUGAGAAGAGGCACAUCAAUGAGAAAUUAUGGACAUCAAGCCAUGAAAGGUUCUGAUAAGAAGAUUUCGUUACCCAUUCCUCUCUCUCAAAAUCCAUGUUUCACAUGUGAAAUCCCUAAAGAGAAGUUUGCACAGUGGGUAGUUGAUGUGCAUACUGUUACCCUCUCUGACUGUAUUUUGGGUCUUAUGGAACAUACUCAGGAAACAUAUUUGACCAUCUUGGAAGAGAGCCCUUAUUUGAAAACCAACAAUUGGAAAAUCAACAAUGAUCAUGAAACUUCAGGCCUUUCAAAGCAAAAUAUUUUGAACCUCAUUAUAGACAAAUUUCUAAAAGAAUGCAUUUCAGACUCUAGUCAUGAAGAUAUCACGACCUUAAUUGCCCUAUAUGGUGUCAAGAAGUUGGCAUAUUUCUUGUGUUUCUUUGGGGUUCAUGCUGCUCAUCUAUAUAUAAGCUAUUUGAUUGGAAGCAUCAAGAAAUUAGCUGGAAGAUUACAACAUCUUGAGACCUUACUUGAAGAUAUAAGAAGCAAAUCUGACAGACAAUUGAUUGAGUCUCAUCCAUCAUUGGUUCUUAUAGAGGGAAUACUGAAUUCAAAUAUUCAUAAUGCUGAGAAGAUACUCAUUGUAGCUGAGAGGGUAUUUUGGUUACCUUUGACUCGGAAGUUGGCUUCAAUGGGGACAAAAUAUUACACAAUAAUGAUUAAUAAUAUGCCUCUGAGUAGUGUGGAUGAAAGAGACAAUGAUGCAUAUGAUCAUUCUUUUUUGGAAGGUCUACAACAUUCAGAUUGUUUAAUAGCAUCUUACGAGAAUAUUUCUGCAUCUUUUCCUUUCAAAAAGUUUGGCAUCAUCUUGGAGUAUGGAGGCCCAUAUGCAUCAUCAAGAUUAUCCUCAAUGGUUCCUAUAUUGGGUGGCUUGCCUCGAGUUCACUUUAUCCAUGUUGAAUUUGCCACUCAUCCUACUGCACUUUUUCUUUGUGAAGGCCCUGAUGAUACUAGCUCACAAUCCAUACCCGGUGUCGAAAAGAGCUUGAACAACAUUAUAGAGAUCCUAAAUUUUGUUCCAUCUGAGAAGAAUAGUUGUCUAGCAUCCAAAUCUGGUAAUGAGAGGGAUUCCUCAUAUGAAAAUCAAACCAUAAGAUCAAAGGAUAUCAAUUGCAGGGAACCUUGCUUCCCUGAAGCGGUAGUCAUUGUUAAUACCCAAAUAUUUGAUAAGAAAAUGCUUAUUUCUCGACGAACUUCAUACAAAAAAAUUUUAGCAAUGGAGAAGGCUGGACUACAAAUAGUGGAGCGAGAUGUUCAUCUACCUUUGGACUUGGUACUUGAUGCUGCAGUUUGCCUAAUUUGGUACGAGGCUAGAAAUUCUAUGGGCAGUAAAGCUACUGAAGACUCAUUUAUUUCAAUGUUUGUAGAGAACAUGGCGACCAGCAUUCUGAUUUCUCUUAGUUACUCUUUCAAGUCGUGCAUACUGAUCUUCGAGGGAGAGAGAAGCUUCCUCGCCGCCAUAAUGGAGUCAUCUGAUGCACUAUAUGCAGCAGCCGCCAGUCUUGAUAUUAAUUUGCAACUAUUUUGCUCACAUGAGCCUGAUUCAACUGAUGACAUAAUAUUGAGCUGCAUUAAAGCUGCAACUAGUUCAACUAAGGGUAUAUAUCCAGCAAUGCCUGAAUCCGAGUCCAUUGGCGAAUCAUUUCUUACAAGAUUUCCCUCUAUAAAUCCUCUCUCCGCUCAUGUUAUACUUUCCUCUGGUGGUAGCCUUGUUGAAUUUCUGCAAUGGUCAAAUGAACGCAAAAUUCAAGCAGUUGCAAAGUAUCGUGUGCCUGAAGAAAGUAUUUCUCUUUUCAGUGCUCUGUGCCGAUUUGGAGAAGUUGGGGAAUCUAAAUCUGUUAUGACGCAGUGUUCCUCUAUCGACUCGGAUAUUGACAGUCAACUGUUAUCAUCACCGAGAAAAAAGCAGAGAAAUGUCUCUCACAUUCUUCCAACACCCUCUGACGAUCCUUUUCUUGCUUGUGCCGAGCCAUUGAAUCAAAAUAUUCAUCUAAAAGAAAACCCUCCUUCAUUCCAGCAACAUCAGUUACGGAAUUUUUUCAACAUUCAUGAGAAAAUGAGAAAGAUAGACAACGAUGAUCACAAUGACAUGUUGGAUAAAACAGCCAGAGGAUCUGCAAGUACUGGUAAUGGUUUGAGUGGAAGAAACGAAAGCAAUUACAGAGGUAAAAGCUUCAUUGAUGUAAUCAAUGAUGAGUGCAUUUUCCUAGACGAAAAUCUCUCCUCAACAUCAGAUGCCUUCAACUUUUUUGAGGCAGUUGAUUCUGACAGUGAACCAACAAUCAGAAGCUCUAAAUCUACAAGCCGACAAACUCAGAGCAAAAAAGAUCAUUCUGUAUUCCCAACCUCAGAAGAGAUCAACCAUCAUAUGGACAGUUUUUUGAAUGAUCAUCCAAAGUUUGACGACAGAAUAUUUAAGAACGAACACACACACUUUAACUACAACAAAGAUGAUGAACUAAUGAUAAACUGCGGUCAUUACAAGAGCUUUAUGCAGGACAACAAUGCAAAUAUUAUCAAUUUGUCAGCUCAAGAGAAAGCUCCACCAGCUGAUGCCGGGAAUCCAUUCUCAAAUACAGCUCGACAAUCUAGUUUGCAUGGACCAGGCUGGUUUACUGAUAUUCUGAACAGACUGAAGGAGAAGGGCAACAAGCAACAACAAACAAUCCAAACAAACCCAUAUUGCAACUCUGCAAGGAUUUUAGAUACACCAAUAAAGACGCGGAGCCCUUCUAUCAUCGAUGCUUACAGGUACCAAGGCAAUAAUCAGAUGUCCAACCCAACCAAACGCAAGUGCAAAAAGGAUGUGAAAAGACAAUUUUCAAAUAACAACAAAGGUAAGGACACACCCUUCAUCACCAGAACAUGGACCCCAAUUGACAAAAGAGCCAGACAGAAUCUUUAUUUCACAAGAAAUGGAAACGAGAAGCAGAGCAGACUGGUUUGGAGAAGUAGAGACAGCCCGAACUUAGAUAGUAACAUUAGGAAGAGACACCGAGAGGACUGGUGAAUUGGCUUGCCUACAUUAUAAUAGAAAGGUAUGGGACUUCUCUGUUUUACUUAAUUUGGCUAGGAAUUUCUUCACAAACUACUAUACUUGUACUGUUAAAGUACACACAGAAGAAUUAGAUCCCUUUUUCUUUUUACCAAACUAUGUGAUCGAGUUCCUUUUGAAUUUCUCGGCCAAACGUAAAAUUAAAGUUGAGUUCUGGUUAGUCCCACUACAAGCAACACACAUGAUCAAAGAUCAUACUUUAAGCGGAAUCAAACUGGAUUGGCCUCUUGUCAUAAUCUGUUGGUGCUGUAAUCCAUAAUACUUCUGAAUCUUACU